AUGCAGCCGCUGGAAUCGGUGACAUUUGAAGAUGUAGCUGUUGUCUUCACCCAGGAAGAGUGGGCCCUGCUGGACAUACCCCAGAGAAAGCUGUACAAAGAUGUGAUGCUAGAGAACAUUAGACACCUGGUCUUUCUGGGUGGGGAAAGUGCCAUUCAAAAUGAAGAAAUAACAUCCACACAAUGUACCAGUGGAAAGGACACAUUUACAGUCAUGCAACUGCAGAAAUUUCACACUGAAGAGGAUCCCUAUGAAUAUAAUGAUUUGGGAGAUUUUACCCAUAGCUCCACAAUGUCUCAGCAUGUGUUAAGCAAUAUGGAAAAGAAACCCUGUAUCAGCAAACAAUGUCAAAAAUCCUUUAGUGACCAGUCAUGCAUUAAUCAACAUAAGCAACUUUACACCAGAGUUAAAUCAUAUGAGUGUCAUCUAUGUGGGAAAACCUUUAGUAAUUGCUCUAGCCUUAGAAGACAUGAGAUGACUCACACUGGAGAGAAACCAUACGAAUGCCACAUCUGUGGGAAUGCCUUUAUUCAGAGCUCUGACCUUAGAAAACAUAGUCUCACUCAUACUGGAGAGAAACCAUAUGAAUGUCAUAUAUGUAGGAAAGCCUUCAGUCAGUCGUCUAACCUCAGACAGCACCAAAGGACACACACUGGAGAACAACCGUAUGAGUGUUGUCAGUGUGGGAAAGCCUUCAGUAAAUGUUCUGCCCUGAGACGACAUGAGAGAACUCACACUGGAGAGAAACCUUAUGGAUGUCAUCUGUGUGGGAAAGCUUUCAGUCAGUGCUCUGCUCUUAGACGACAUGAAAGGACCCACAAUGGAGAGAAAAUUAUGAAUGCCUUCAGUAAAUAUUCUGACCUGAGAUAA